AUGGACAAUGAUUUAGCUAGAUCUUCAGAAAUUAAUGACGGAAUGACCAUCGAUUUUAAUAUCAAUGGAAAGAUGUCCACUCCGGCAACAAUUGAUGGCGAUCAUAUUCAUUUUGAAAGCUUCAGCAAGUAUUUGACCUCAAGCUAUGACGAAGUUAGUACCAGUGAUUUAUUCGAUUUUAUUCCCAAUUCGUUUACUUUCAAGCAAAUUGAAAAUGAUUUCUUUGAAUUCAAAUCAAAACAACAAAUAAUCGAUCUCACGAGGCCAAAGUCGAAAAUUUUGGACUUCGAAUCGAAUUCCGAGUUGAGAUUCAAUAAUCGUAAGCCAUCAUUGAAGAUCAAUUUGCCUCCAGUGAAGAAAUUUGAGAGGAGAGGUUACAUUACAGAAGGGUCCGACAAAGGCCGUGGGGCAAAGUUCGUGGCGGAGAUUCGAGAUCCGAAUCGUCGCAGGUCGAGGGUUUGGCUUGGGACAUUUGACACCGCCAUUGAAGCCGCCAAAGCUUAUGACCGAGCUACAUUCAAGAUCCGUGGGCGGCGGCCGAUCUCUGUUGCUGGGAUUGGUGGGUCUUUUCUGCCAUAG